AUGCCCGAAAGAGCCGGGUCUGUCGUCUCGUACGCGGCCGGCGCGUCUCUUGCCGCCGUCGCUCUCAUCUACGUCUUCGGCCCUACCUUUACCCUCGAUGCCGACGGCUCCUCCUCCAAGAAGAAGACAAUAGUCGGUCUCCGAAACCAAGCAAAUGACUGCUUCAUAAACUCGGUCCUCCAGGCCCUAGCCGGCCUCGGCGACUUGAGAAUAUAUCUCAUCCGAGAGACUCACCGCCGCCGCAUUGAGAAUCCCUCCGUCUAUGCCACCAUUGUCCAGCCGGACGGCCAGGAGAUGCCGGCGUGGAAGAUUCAGGGCAUGCAAGACGGCCUUGUCACGCAGGGUCUCAAGGAUAUGCUCGAUGCUCUCAACGAACGACCCAUUUCGAAAAAGGCCAUCUCGCCAUUUCCAUUUGUCCGCGUCCUCGAAACAGCCUUCAAGCAGCGCAUCAGCCGCCAGCAGCAGGACGCCCAGGAGUUCCUACAGAUUGUCGCCGACCGCCUCAAGGACGAAUACCAUGCUGCGCAGCGAGCACGCCUCUUUUCGAAAAAAGCCGCCGUGGCCGGGGUUGCUGCUGCUGCUGAUGCUGACGACGACGAAUCGACGACGCAAACCACCACCCCCCCAUCCGAGAUAUCCGACAGCGAUGUCCCGUUUGAAUUCGAAGACGGUUUCCCCAUGGAAGGCAAAUACGAGUCACAUAUCAAGUGCCAGACCUGCGGUUACACAACCAAGCCGCGCGAAGAGACCUUUUGCACACUCACCCUCAACGUUCCACAAGUCAACUCGACCUCACUAACGUCGUGCUUUGACGGCAUCUUCAAGACGGAAUUCAUUGACGAUUUCAAAUGCGAAAACUGCCGUCUCCUCCAGACAGUCGAACAUCUCGAGCACGAAGCUGCCAAGUCUACGUCAGAUGCCUUUAAGCAUCGCGCACAAGAAAGCAUUGCGAAGCUCAAGCGGGCUAUCCAGAUGGAUCCCGAGUGCCCGCCUGCGGACAUUGAUCUGGGCGAUAUCCGCUACGCGCCGAAGCGCAGAAUAGCAAAGACAACUCGCAUGACGACAUUCCCGAAAAUCCUAGCCAUCCACCUCUCCCGCUCCAUCUACGGCGUCGGCAUGACGCAGAAGAACCUAGCCAAGGUCACGUUCCCCGAACAACUGCCUCUCGGCGGCCUCGCAGACCAGCGCAAGUAUAAGCUGCUCGGCGUAGUGACACAUCGUGGCGGACACAACAGCGGUCACUACGAAGCCUUUAGGCGCCAGAACCUGCCGCUACCUUUCCCCAACGCCAACACCUUUCAGCAGUCCGGUGUCUACAGCAAGACGCCCACGCCUAUUUCUACGCCCGAGAUUGCCGCUCGUCAGCCCGACAGCUCCACCAUCUCGACUCCUGAACUGCUCGCCUCCUCCACACCCACCUCGUCAACGCCGUCUCUCGAAUCGAUACCCAAGAGCGUCCCCAUUGGCACCAGCGCCGCAGCUGCGUCGUCCACAUCUAGCCUCAAAGUCAAGGAUGCGGAAACAAGCAGCUUACGAUCAGUAGCAGCCUCGACCAAGUCUGCACUGUCAAAGCUUGCCAAAGGCGAUGCUGGCUCGAUCAAGGGUCCUAGGACGCCGCCAAAUCCCUUGGCAAAGCGCCCACGACGGACCAAAGUUGCUGCUGAUCGAUGGUGGCGCGUGAGCGACGAGAGAGUGCGUGAGGCCAAGACGAGCGAGGUGCUCGGCAUGCAGAAGGAGGUUUAUCUCCUGUUUUACGAACUGGACCGAUCAUAA